CAGGCCUGAGUCAGCUCCCUCCUCCCUCUCUCACACAAGGAAGUAGCUGCAGCGCUCACAAAGAGGAAGUUUGUUGUUUAAUUCAGUCACUUGCUGCCGUCGUGUAGACUGCUCAGAGUCCACGGGCAAGCAGCCCCACCCGCGACACGCUACAGAUAUGGCAUUUCACAGCUUCCUCCUUGAGCCCAUUAGCUGCCAUGCUUGGAACAAAGAUGGAAACCAAAUCGCUUUCUGCCCCAAUAGUCAUGAUGUUCACAUCUAUAAGAAGGAUGGUGACAAAUGGACCAAACUGCAUGAGCUGAAGGAGCACAACGGCCAAGUGACGGGUAUAGACUGGGCCCCAGAGAGUAACCGCAUUGUGACAUGUGGAACAGACCGGAACGCCUACGUAUGGACAUUGAAGAACAACGUAUGGAAACCUACCUUAGUCAUUCUGAGGAUCAACCGCGCUGCACGCUGUGUGAAGUGGUCACCCCGUGAGAACAAGUUUGCUGUGGGCAGCAGCUCCAGGCUCAUCUCUAUCUGCUACUUUGAGCAAGAGAAUGACUGGUGGGUCUGCAAACACAUAAAGAAACCUAUUCGCUCCACCGUUCUCAGUCUAGACUGGCACCCUAAUAACGUACUGCUGGCCGCUGGAUCAAGUGACUUUAAGAGCAGGAUUUUCUCUGCCUAUAUUAAGGAGGUGGAGGAGCGGCCUGCGCCUACACCAUGGGGCAAUAAGAUGCCCUUUGGGGAGCUGAUGUUUGAGUCAAGCAGCAACUGUGGAUGGGUACACAGUGUCUGCUUCUCACACAGUGGGGACCGAAUGGCCUGGGUGAGCCAUGAUAGCACUGUCUGCAUCUCUGAUGCCAACAAGAAGAUGAGGAUCGCCAGUUUGAACACGGAUAACUUACCGUUCCUGUGUCUGACCUUCAUCACAGAGAAUAGUCUGGUGGCUGCUGGUCAUGACUGCUAUCCUGUACUCUAUGUGUACGAUGAGGCCCAGGGGACCCUGAGCUUCGGGGGAAGACUGGAUGUCCCCAAGCAAAGCUCCCAGAGGGGAAUGACCGCCAGAGAGCGAUUCCAGAAUCUGGACAAGAAGGCCAGCUCUGACGUCAACAACGUGAGCCUGGAUUCCUUACACAAGAACAGCAUCAGCCAAAUCUCUGUUGUGAGUGGCGGGAAGGCCAAAUGUACUAAAUUCUGCACCACAGGGAUGGAUGGCGGUGUGUGCAUUUGGGACGUGAAGAGCCUGGAAUCCGCCAUGAAGGAUCUGAAGAUAAAAUGAUGUGGAGGGAGCUGCUGGCCUGUAGCUUUAGCGCUUUAUGCUUCUUCUUUCUAUGCAGCACAUGACAGUCUGAGCUUGUAAAGGUCAGAACCCUCCAGCACUUCAAGCAACCGCAAAGAAGGACCAAAAUUUUCAGAUUAUGCUGGUCAUAAAAAUCAUUUGCUUUUAUUAAAUACAAAUUUGAUUUUUUGUACCGAAUAAA